ACGCAGACAGCAUCACUCAAUAGGAUGUUGGCUCGCGCAGCAUCCGCGCUCGGCCAAUAGCAGACUGGUACCGCACGCGCGCCGUCUGUCUCCUCUGCGGCAGUGCUGGUCCUGGUGUGUGGGGUUUUGGGGAGGAUUGUUUGGCGUUUCACCCAUUCUCCCGGCCUGGUUUUUAACUGUUAAAUCAUCAAGAUGGUAACCUCAGCCAUGUUUCGUUGUAUCCUCGCCUCCCUCUUCUUAUCAGCUGCUGCAAUUAAGCCCAGGAUCUUUGAACCCAGAAUCUUUGACAAGGAAGCAACAGGUUUUGGGCCCAUAUUUGAAGAGGAGCCUUUGGACACAGUGUAUGCAGAGGAUUCUCCAGAGAACAAAAUCUCCAUGAACUGCAGGGUGCGGGCCAACCCACCAGCCUAUAUCAAAUGGUGGUUGAACAAUUGGGAAAUUAAACUGAUGGAGCAGCCUGAUGAGCACUUCAGCCUGGUGGGCGGAAACCUGGUCAUCACCAACCCAGACAAGGGAAAGCAUGCUGGGAAAUAUGUGUGUGUGGCCAAGAAUGUGUACGGCACUGUCAUCAGCAAGGAGGCCACUGUCACGUUUGGAUACCUGAAUCAGUUCCCCACAGAUGAGAGAGAGCCAGUGAAUGUGAAGGAGGGGCAGGGGGCGGUGCUGCUGUGUUCCCCUCCAUCUCGCUAUCCAAGUGAGGUGAUGUUUCGCUGGAUCUACAAUGAUUUCCCCAACUUCAUCAACCCCGACCAGAGGCGUUUUGUGUCUCAGUCCACUGGGAAUCUGUACAUCGCUAAAGUUGAGGCCUCGGAUGUUGGGAAUUACUCUUGUUUUGUGUCAAGCCCCACCAUCGGCAAGAGUGUUUUCAGCAUGCCUAUAACUCUGAUUCCACAAAUAGAGAAGGAGGUAAAGAGAUAUCCUGCUGAUAUUCGUGUUAAAUUUCCCAAGACCUAUGCUUUGGUGGCACAGAACAUCACGCUGGAGUGCUUUGCCCUUGGAAAUCCACUCCCACACAUCCGCUGGAGAAAGUUAGAUGCUGAUCUUCCACCUAACUAUGAGGUCAGCAUGAAUGGAGCUUUGCUGCACCUGCUUAAUGUGCAGUAUGAGGACGAGGGCAGUUACGAGUGUGAGACACUCAAUGUUAAGGGGAUGGACUGGUAUCGGCAGUGGCUCUAUGUGGAAGGUGCCCCAGAAUGGGCGGAGCACAUCAAUGACACAGAGAAAGAUGUUGGCAGCGAGCUCACACUGAGAUGCGUUGCUGUGGGGAAGCCAUUACCGUGGAUACGCUGGCUGAAAGAUGGCUACUCAUAUGGUAAAGGGGAGCUGAAGUUCUCCAGUCUCACGUUUGAGGACUCUGGAAUGUAUCAGUGUAUUGCGGAGAAUGAAUGGGGCACCAUCUACGCCAACGCAGAGCUACGGGUUGUCUCUUGUGCACCAACGUUCAUUUAUAAUCCAGUGAAGAAGGUUCUGCUAGGGGCUGAAAAUGGACGUGUGGUGAUAGAGUGUCAACCUCGUGCUGCUCCUAAACCCAAGUUUAUCUGGAAACGAGGUUCUGAACUGCUGACCAACUCUUCAGGGAUGUUAAUUUGGGAGGACGGUAGUUUGGAGAUUCUAAAUGCAUCAAAAAGUGACGAGGGCUCAUACACCUGCUAUGCCGAGAAUGACCGUGGCAAAUCCAACAGCACGGGCACCCUCAUAAUCACUGAGGCCACCAAGAUCACAGUGGCUCCAUCAGACACUCAGGUGGUUGUUGGUGACAGUACAGUUUUACAGUGCUCUGCAUCCUAUGACCCCAGUCUGGACAUCACCUUCAUCUGGACUGUUGACUCCUACCUGAUCAACUUCUACACAGACUGGGAGCACUACGAGCAUCUCAUGGGUUAUGAGAACAAUGGAGACCUGUUGAUCAAGAAUAUUCAGGUCAGACAUGCAGGACGCUAUAUCUGCACAGCACAGACCAUAGUGGACAACGCCACAGCCGAAGCUGAUGUUUUUGUCAAAGGCUUGCCUGGUCCUCCUGGUGGUGUCCGUGUGGAAGAGAUUGGAGACACAUCUGUAAAAGUGCGUUGGAGUCUAGGAUCUGAUCAUGGUAGUCCACUUAUUCAACACGUCAUACAGACACGAGACUUCUACGCACUGGACCCAGAGGACUGGAGGACUGCAUCCACCUCUCCUGUGUUUUUGGACGGGUCAGCGGAGUCGGCCACUGUGCUUGACCUCUACCCCUGGAUGCAAUAUGAAUUCCGUGUGUAUGCCAUCAAUGAAUUUGGAGCUGGGGAAAGCAGUCGUCCCUCCAUUAAAAUCAAGACAUGGGAUGCCAGGCCCACAGUAGCUCCUUCUGACGUCAUUGGCCAAGUGGGAAUAAGUGGAGAGCUAAUCGUUACAUGGAGUCCUGUGAAACCUCAGUACUUCUUUGGUAAAAAAUUUGGCUAUGUCGUGGCGUUUAAGCAGCAUGAGGAUUAUGAGUGGAAAUGGUCGACCGUGGAGGAUCCUGAGACCAGACGGUAUGUCUACAAAGAGAACGUGACCCCAGACACUGAGAUUCAGGUUAAAGUGAGCACCUACAACAACAAAGGAGAAGGACCUUCCAGUCUUAUCACAGUGGUCUACUCUCCAAGACUUGCACCCACUGAAGCUCCUUUAGAUGUGUAUGCCAGGCAAGUCACCUCCACAGAAGCUUUGGUCUGGUGGCUACCAGUCUACCAGGCACCUCCAAACUGGCUUGAUGGAUACCAGAUUCGUUACUGGAGGAAGUAUGAUGAUAAUGAGGCUGCAGCCUGCCGAGUCCUGGUGCAUAGAACAGUCAACCAAACCCGCCUAGAGAACAUGCGUCCCGACUCUCACUACCUUAUAGAGGUACGAGCGUUCAACGGUGCCGGACUCGGACCACCCAGCGAGCACUGUGAAAUGUUCACCAGGAGACCACCCCCAAGUCGUCAUUUGAGAGUAUACAAAUAUGUCAGCUUUACACGCAAAUGGCUUUAUCUGUACUGGGAUCACAUUUAUAACUACUGGAAUGAAUCCUAUGUGGAGGGUUAUAAGAUUUUGUUCCGGAAGGAAGGAGAGCGUUAUGGGAAGCUUUACACCACAGGUAGACACUACAUAGAUUUCCCCAUGCCAGAGACUGGAGAUUACAUCAUCGAGGUCCGAGCUCGCUGCGAGGGAGGAGAUGGACCCAUAUCACAGAUCAGAAUUCAAGGUAAAGCGGCUCUUUGUGCAAGUUCUCUCAGCUUGGCCUCGCUCCUUCUGCUGACUCUGGGCUGGAUGAAUCUAGGCCUGUAGGCAAACUCACUAUCAACCAAAUGAUGGUUGGGAUACAGGGAUGGUUGUCAUGAAGCAGAUACAUUUUUAUGUUUUAUUUAUGUACUCCGUUUGAGAAUGGCCACAUGUCAUUUGAUUCUGUAUAAGACUCAAUCAGCAUCUCGGAAACCUCUUCACUGAAUAUACAGUAAAUCAUUUGUUUGUAUUAACCCUCUAGAUUUGCCUUACUAAAUGCCCACAAUCAACUAAUGAAACUUUGUUGUAAAGCACAUACUGUAUUUUAGCAGGUUAUUAGUUGUUCAGAAAUAAUAAAUAUGUUAUUAUUACAGAAGUUAUAUGUUUGCAAUCAUCAUUUUCCAUGUCAACUGCUGCACUGUAUUAUUGUCCAAUAAGAGUUCACAUUUUUAAAUUGAUGCAUUCGUAAUUGUUUAAUACAUUGUUUGUGCAAAUAUUUUCAAUUAUGUUUCCAGAUCUUUUGUCACUGUGUUUGAUUUAUAAAGCUUUUAUAUACGUUCAUACUGCUGUUUCUUCUGUAAAAUUGUGACUUUAUCAGUAAACAUUGGCAACAUCACAAGACAAAGUGCUUCUCUUGCUUUAGUCUUCCUAGCCAGUCAAAAAUGUGACUGGAACUAUAACCCCAUUGAAAUCAAAUCAUUAAAUGUUAAUUCCUUUUC